UCAGCUAGCCGAAUUCUUCAGUCCGGAAACAAUCGCGCAGUAGAGCGGACGUAUGAGAAUCACGCUCCGCAAAUUUCGAGUACCGGGUUCUGUACCAGCUGGAUCCUGCCCUCCGGGUCCGCUUCCUCGUGCAACUCGAGUUCCAGGACAAGCGCUCCGUAGUUCCUGCGCUCAAAGUCCACUACCUAGUGAAACUGGACUUCCAGGACAAGCGCUUCGUGGUUCCUGUGGAGCAGUUUUUCAGUUUUUCGUAGUUCUCCAUUGUUCCUGCGCUUCAGGUCCACUACCUGGUGUAACUCGACUUCCAGGACACGCGCUCCGUGGUUCCUGCGCUCCAAGUCCGCUAUCUGGUGCAACUCGACUUCAGGGACAAGCGCUCAGUAGUUUUCGCGCGCCGGGUCCACUACCUGUAUUCGAGGAUAACCCGAGGUGGGUAGGGGUGGUCGUUGGAUGUGUUUGGAAAUGGUCGGAGGUGGUCGGAGGGGGUUGGGGCUGGUUGCGGGUGAUCGAGAUAGAUGAGGAGGAGACCGAGGAGCAGGACGGGGAAGAUGAGAAGAACAAGGUGGACGAGGAUGACGAGGAUUUGUGCACUGUGUAACUCGAGGUGGUUAGCGGUGAUCGUUGGAGGUGAAUUGGUAGUGGUCGGACGUGGGCGAAGAUUGUGCUCGUUCUGUGCCCCACCUACUGAUCCACUAG